AAGCUAGCAAAGCGGUUAACAGACUAACGAGAAACGGCGGCAGCGCCAAUAAGAGCAAAGCCCCAACAAGUACUAAUCGCCGCUGCCGCCGCCGCUUCUUCAGAUCCAGGCACCUUUGGGAUACAGACACGGGGAAUAAGUAACAAGGCUUGCUUGUCCUUGGGUCGGAGAACGGACCCAUCCACAGGAGACAAAAGAGGAGUCCCCCAGCAGCGGCGCUGGUGGUGGACCCUUUCGUCGCUUUUCGCGCAGCGGCUGCCCCGAGCGAUGGUCAACAUGCAAGUGUGCGCCCUGGAUUGCGAGGCGCUGCGCGGGCUGCUCGAAGACCGUGCCUUGCAGUGCCUGGUGCUGGACUGCCGCUCCUUCUUCUCGUUUAACUCGUCACACGUCGGCGGCUCCUGCAACGUCCGACUCAGCACUAUUGUCCGGCGGCGGGCCAAGGGCGCUAUGGGCUUGGAACACAUUAUCCCCAACGAGGAGGUGCGCUCCCGCCUGCUCAGGGGCUUCUACCACGCCGUGGUGAUGCUGGACGAACGCAGCGCCGACCUGGAGGCGCCCAAGAGGGAUAGCACCCUCUUGCUGGCUCUGAACACGCUCUGCAGGGAAGCCCGGGACACCCGCAUCUACUUCCUCAAGGGAGGAUAUGAUGCCUUCUCUUCUGCCUCCCCUGAACUGUGUACAAAGCCAUCUGCUCCGAAGGGCCUGACCCUGCCGCUCAGCACCAACAAUGUGCCUGGCAGUGCAGAUUCAAACUGCAGCUCUUGUGGGACUCCUCUCUAUGAUCAGGGUGGUCCAGUGGAAAUCUUACCUUUCUUGUACUUGGGCAGUGCCUAUCAUGCUUCCAGGAAAGAUAUGCUAGAUGCUUUGGGGAUCACGGCCUUGAUAAAUGUUUCUGCCAACUGCCCAAACCAUUUUGAGGGACACUACCAGUACAAAAGCAUCCCUGUGGAGGACAACCACAAAGCUGAUAUCAGCUGCUGGUUUAAUGAGGCAAUUGACUUCAUAGACUCUGUCAAAAAUGACGGUGGGCGUGUGUUUGUUCACUGCCAAGCCGGUAUCUCCCGCUCUGCAACAAUUUGCCUUGCUUACCUUAUGAGGACUAACCGAGUCAAACUGGACGAAGCCUUUGAGUUUGUGAAGCAGAGAAGGAGUAUCAUCUCCCCCAACUUCAGCUUCAUGGGGCAACUGCUGCAGUUUGAGUCCCAGGUCCUUGCUCCAAACUGUUCAGCAGAGGCUGGGAGCCCUGCCAUGGCUGCCUUGGACAGAGGAGCAGCCACCACGACUGUCUUUAACUUCCCAGUCUCCAUCCCUGUUCACUCUUCUUCGAGUGCACUAAGCUACCUUCAGAGUCCCAUCACCACAUCGCCAAGUUGCUGAAAGGCAGGUGUGAGCAGAGCUUCUGUACACAAAGACUUGACACUCUUGCUGUCACCUAACAAGUGCAAUAACUUUGGGGAGGGGCAGGUUUAUUAGCUUGCAUGGGUCUCCCUUUCAUUGCAGCUAUGGAGCAAUACAAAAUCACCAGCACAGAAUGAUGUAUCUGACUCCAGAAAGCAAGGCUCUUUCUGCUAGAUGAUCCUGGCUGAGAUGCAUUUUUUGACCAAUGCUUGGAUGCCUAUACAAAGGAGACGAAGUAUAUGGGACACUGCUUUCUACUCCUGAAAUAGUCUUCUUACAGUUUUCUGUCUGUGUCAGUCUGUUUCAGUAGCAAAUACGACAGUAUUCUCAUUCCUGGGUGUGCUGGGUUACAGUAACACUUCCCUUGUACAUGAAAGGUCCUGAUAUUUAUUUUUUUGUAAUGGUGUUCUUGCAUUGCGUGUUUUGCGUUUUUAAGUCUGAAGUUUCAUUUCUUUUUCAAAGAAACAAAUACCUCACAAUUUUUUGGGUACUGUAAUCCUGUAAAUACUUCUUUAAAAACUGAUUCUGAAGCACUGACAUGAAAAGCACAAAGGAAUAUUUGUGUUUUUUAGGUUGCCAACAUUUGUAUGUUUGCUGAUUUAUUUAUGAUGUGAAAUAAUAUAUUUCUUCCUUUUUGAAGGAAGACAUGGGUUUUGUUAUGAUUAUGCCUUUUUAUACAAACCAAAUAAAUUAUGACAUUUCUAUAGAAGGAAAA